AUGAGCAUUACUUUCAGAAAAAUUAAAUUAAUAUUCAAGAGAAAUGAUAGUGAAUACCCACAGAGCUACCGAGCGGAAAUGAAAUCCAAAAAUAAAAAUACUGUAAUAACAAGGCAUGAUCUCCUGAUUGCGCACGAAAGGGAGCAAAGGGCUUCGCUAGAUAGGAUUAGCUCAAUUAGUAAUCUUCAAUCACAAGAUAAACGGGGAGAAAAGCGAUCUAAAAGAGCUUAA